GGAGCUUUUAGCAAGUCGCUGCCAUGGUCUUGCGCAGCUCUUGCUCUCACGUACACGUGGCCUGAGGUGGUGCGAACCGAAGGACAUAUUCCUCGAAGAGGUUGGAUGUCUGGCGCACUUCGCCUAUACCAUGUUGAAGAUGCCACAACCCGUCGUGGAUCAUCGUCGUCUUCUUUUCUACGUGAUGAAUUAGAUGAUGUAUUCUUGAAUGCCAUUGGAUCUGGUGAUGUGAGCCUCAAAUUCGCCCACAGCGCUGGAGCAAUCUAUGGGUCUGAAGCCAUCCGGACUGAUCGAGAAUCUGACUUUCAUGCGAUGGCCCGGAAGCAUGGGAUGUCUUUGGGCUGUGAGCUUUCCUAUGUGCCACUGCCUGUGGUCAUCGGGGAAGAUGAGAACGGUGACCCUGUUGUAGCGCUCGAGAACUGGCCGUUCAUACUUCCGCAUACCUACGUACAAGCAUUGCUUGAUGCAGGAUACCAUGACCAUCUGGUUAGCUACAGGGACCAUGCUGUAUACUGGCAAAACAUGAAGCGUGAAUAUCCUGACCACCCUGUAGCUGCGCAUCCAGAUCGCUGGAGGCAUUGUUUUGGGGCCACCUUGUAUGGUGAUGAGGCAACGGCCAACAACGAAUCCUGGCUUCACUUGCUCUGGGUAAGCGACCACAGUCCUAACCCAACCAAUUCCCUUGUAUCGAGAAACGUCAUUGCAGUGAUUCCUUCCAGUCGAUAUGUCUAUGAUGAAGAGACUGGCCGAAAUAUGACUGUUCAAACUGCCCUUCACGCCGUGGUCAACAGUUUCAAUCAACUCUCCACAGUUGGAGCGCAAGUCGUUGACCCCAUCUCAAAAGAAGUGGUUGCUGAGCACUUUUGGUAUUGCAUGGGUGUGAGAGGGGACUGGAAGGCUUUCUGCCAGAUGCUGUGUCUCACGCGCGAGCCCGCCAAGAACGAGGCUGUGUGUUUCACAAAAGCUUGGUUGUAG